AUGGAUACCCAACAGAACAACAUCCUGCCGGGUCAGUGGGUCGUCAUGGUCAAACCCUACCUGACAGCUGAGUCAAUGCAGAGCGAGCAUUUGUCAAAGUUGGACGACAUGACGGUGGACCCUAUUACUCCUUUCAAUGUACAUGUUGGUCAGCAGUUCCACCUUCCAUACUUGAAAGGCUACUCUGCCAAUUUCGACAACGCCACCAAAGCUGAGUUAGAGAAGAUGCCUGAGGUUCUUGGCAUCGAGCCAGAGCAGCUCUACCGCCACUGCCAGUUUCAACCUGAUGCACCGUGGGGUUUGGGACGGAUUUCGGUACGUAACAGACUUGGUAACCCCCCCUACAGCUACACAUACAGGGACGACGCAGCUGGCGCUGGCACAGUCGCGUACGUCAUCGACACUGGCAUUAACGAUCAGCACGUUGAAUUUGAGAGGCGGGCUACCAAGGGACCCAUAUUCGUGUCCGACGGCUCUGCAAGCGAUCAGGACGUGCAUGGCCACGGCACUCAUGUCGCGGGCACAAUUGCGAGCCGGGCAUACGGCGUGGCCAAGAAAGCAAACGUCGUAGCCAUCAAGGUGUUCAGCGAUAGAACGGGGUUCGCGCAGACUAGCGAUAUCAUCAAGGCGCUUGAAUGGGUCGUCAGCGAUGUCAAUUUGCAUGGCAUGAAGGGCCGCGCCGUGGUGAACAUGAGUUUGGGAGGCCCUGCCAGUCCGAUUUUGGAUUGUGCCGUUGCGUCCACUGUCCGUCAUGGGGUGGUGGUCUGUGUUGCUGCCGGGAAUAAUUUCGAUCUGCCAGCUGAGGACAUAUCUCCAGCUCGCGAGCCGCUUGCCAUCACUGUCGGUGCAACAGAUAUCAAUGAUGCGUUUGCCCCGUUUUCAGGUUUCGGAAAGAUGAUUGACAUUAAUGGUCCUGGCGUCGAUGUUCUCUCCUCCUGGAUUGGCAGCCGAACAGCAACCAGGAGACUCAGUGGCACGUCUAUGGGCAAGUACAUCGUUGAAACCUGGAAAACAGUCUCCAUGAAGCUAACUAUCUUGCUGCGCAGCGACUCCACACGUGACUGGAGUUGCUUGCUGCCUCCUGAGUGA